AUGAGUCCCACCACAGAUGGGCUCAAUUACACCCAACCACAAGUUAAGAACAGAGAAAAGGAGGGACUGGAGGCAUCUGCAGGAGAUGCCUGGAGCAAGCAACGACAAAAUCUUUAUUGGAAUGUGAAGGGGUGUUUUCUUUUGUUUGUUUUUUUCUUUGUAGAGUAUGAAGCAGAGCAGCCUGCUUUUCCAGGUCUUUCUGAAGCAAAACGAGACUCUGUUUCUUCAGAUACUGGAAUUUUGCAGCCUUUCAGUGCAGAGGAGUUUUAUUCAGCUUCUUUCGAUUCUACUGUUACCCCAAAAAAAGUUUUCUUAUCCACACUAGCACCUCCUCCAGAACCACCUGAUCCAAAAACAUGUUCUCCAAGAGAAUACUUAGAAUAUUAUAUAUUUCCAAUACUUUUACCAGGAAUGGCUGAACUGCUACAUCGAGCAAGGAAGGAAAAGUGUUUUGAGAGAAAAAGGACCAAAUUUAUUGCCUGUGAUUUCCUGACUGAGUGGUUAUACAAUCAAAACACAAAGAGGAAAGAUGAACCAUUCACAGAAUUCUUCUCUAUCCCAUUUGUGAAGGACUGGCUAAAAGACCAUCCUAGACCACCCAUUCCUCUCUCUCUCCUGUUAUCAGAAGAAGAAGCAAGCAAAAUAAUUCAGUCAUUCUGGAGAGGUUAUUGGGUCCGCUGUAAUGCUGAAGUUCAAGAAUUGCGUCAAUGGCAAAAGCAGCUGAGAGAGGAUAAGAACAUUUUAAAAAGAGUGCAAGAAUUCUGGGCUAAACAGGAAGUCAGAGUGGGAAGCAAAUUAGAAGACUUGGAAGAACCUACACCAAAUCAUUCAGGAAUUUCAAUUUUAGCUCUUUCCUCAACACCACAAAACACACAGAUCAUGGAUUGAAUUCCUAAUAGGUUUAUUUGAUCUAGAAUUUCUCCAAGGGUUACAGUUAGUUUAAUAUGUGAGAUGAUGUACAUCAAAAAUAGAUUGCACAAGGACCUGGUUCUGCAGUAAUUCAUCAUUGCCUGGGUAAAAUUCAGCCCUGCUGUAAAGGAACACAACUCUAUUAAAAUCAGUGGAAUUAGGCCCAUUUAUAAAGGGCUGAGCUUGGCCAAACGCUUCAUGUCCAAUCCUGAGGACUCAGGCAGAAGUUAAUCUGAUGGACAGAAAACUCCAACUGCAAUAAAUGGUGAUUAUGCCCAUACAAGGUCUAAGGCAGAUGAUAACAAUGGGGCAACUCUUCAGCUGGUAUAAAUUAGAAUUGCACCACUGCCUUCAGUGCUUUGAUAGUUUAUGCCAGUUUAAGAUCUGCCCUUACAGAAAGAAACAGCACGUACUCACAGCUGUGCUUAUGGAAAACAGCUGAAGUCCUUUGUGUCAUCACCCAUACAAAGCAACCGCAAAAUGCCAGGAGGUCAAAAUGAUGGCAUCGUGCACCCAUUUUGCAUGAGUAUAAGUAAUUAAGGAAGGUGUAAGAAAAUGGGAAACCAGGCCCUGAGUAUGCAUAUCUCAAUUUAUCUCACUAUGUAGGUCCCGUGGAGCACUGUCAUAAUUGAGUUUUUGCACAGAGAUGAAUUUCAUAAAAUUAUUAGUGGGCCUGCUAAAGCUAUCUCUUAAGUCUGACAAAAGUCUCACUGACUUAAAGGAAAGCAAGAUUAGGCCUGAUAAAAACUGGUAAAUGGUUUGGUCUACACUACAAAGCUUUGCAGCAUAUGUCAACCAGGAGUGUAGAAAGAUCAUACCCGCCACCAAAGGCAGCUAUGUCAGCAAAGCCUCUGACAUGGCCAGAGUCAUGCAGAUGUGCACCACUGGCACAGCUAUAGCAGUGGUGGCUCUGUAAUGGAGGCAAAUCCAUAGUCCAAACUAGUAUUUAUACCAUUUCACUCAAUGGUGCAAGUACAGCAGGUGAUCUACAGAAUAACCAUCUCUUCCCUGUUAAUAGGUUAGAGGGUAUGUAAAGGUUAAGGUCAACUGUUGCACCAAAAGGCCACAAACCUUGUAAGUAAAUAGUAAAGCUUUUAUUUUUGUUAAGAACAGCAUUUUGAAAAUAAAACAUUUGCCCAUGCUUUACAACCUUUUUAAUUUUGUAUACUUAUGUACAGUCAUUAUG